UACGUAACAAACACACCCACACAGGAAUGAUGAAAAGGAGAGGGACCAUUUAGUCAUUUUGCGUAAACGGGUGAACAAGAAGAAAACCCUAACGUUAAGCAUCUUAAACCCUACACCCCAACUUGGCCAUCGCCAAAAACCAUCCUCACUACACAACUCUCUCUCCCGACUCUUAAACCAACAAUCAUGCGAGCCCCCAGAGGCGGAGGUUUUCGUGGUGGACGCGGAGGCGGCGGCUUUAGCGGAGGCGGCGGCUUUAGCGGCGGCGGCUUUAGAGGCGGCGGUCGUGGAGGCCGUGGUGGACGUAGCGGUGGGUUUCGCGAUGAGGGACCUCCCGAAGAAGUUGUCGAGGUUUCGUCCUUCCUUCAUGCCUGCGAGGGUGAUGCGGUAACAAAGCUCACAAAUGAGAAGAUACCCUUUUUUAAUGCGCCAAUCUAUCUGCAGAACAAGACCCAGAUAGGGAAAGUCGAUGAAAUCUUUGGCCCCAUCAAUGAGUCUUAUUUUUCAGUUAAAAUGAUGGAAGGCAUUGUGGCAACUUCUUAUUUGGCGGGUGACAAGUUCUAUAUCGACCCAGCUAAGCUUUUACCACUUGCGAGAUUUCUUUCGCAGCCAAAGGGGCAAGGUGCUUCUCGAGGCGGAGGUCGUGGUGGAGGCAGAGGUGGUGGUGCUGGUCGCGGCGGUGGAGGUUUUCGUGGCAGGGGCGGUUCAAGGGGAGGCAGAGGUGGCCCAUCCAGAGGUCGUGGCCGUGGUGGUGGCUUUAGGGGCAGAGGAGGGAGAUUUUAGAACAACUUUGUGUAAUUUUUCUAGUGCUCUUCUCUUGUUGUGUUGUCAUUUAAGGAUGCAAAGAGCUCACUACAAUAGAAUACCUUAUUUUGAUCUGAAUAUUCGCAAGUUGUUCGUCACUUGAGUAGUUGGUUCUCGCUGCAUUGUAAUUUUUGUCUCAAAUUCAGUUUGGACCCUUAACGGAGUUGCAUUUUAAUAGUUUUCAGUACCUUUUAAUGCGUGUUAUGGGAAUAAUCUAUGCGUGAGACAGAA